UUAUUAUAACUCUUUCAUGCCCAACGUUUCACAUACACAUCCACAGCCACACACACUUGUUCUUUGUCAGACCAAAAAAAAAGAGAAAAAGAACAAUGGCUUUGAUUCUCAACUCAUCAUUAAUCAUUUUCCUCACCGUGUCACUUCUCUUCUCCCUUCCGCGUGCUAACGCUGCGUCAUCUCAGUUCUCCAUUUCUGUUCUCAACGUCACAGAAGCACUCCACCAAGCUCACCAAAUCCUCUCCUUCAAACCCAAAACAUUCCAACCAUUUUCUUCUUCUUCUUCUUCAUUCUCGCUCCAAUUACACCCAAGAGACUCUCUCUUCAAAGCUCAUCACAAGGACUACCGUAGCUUAGUCCUCACUCGACUCGCCCGUGACUCAGCCCGAGUCACUCAUAUCCGCUCCAAGCUCAGCCAUGUCAGCAAAACGGAGCUCCGACCGCAAGGCCAAUCGCCGCCGGUGACAUCCGGCGUUUUAUAUGGAAGCGGCGAGUACUUCACAAGAAUCGGAGUGGGACAACCUUCCCAAACCUUCUACGUGGGUCUCGACACGGGCAACGACCUCAGCUGGGUUCAGUGCAGGCCCUGUCUCGAUUGUUACAAACAAUUCGACCCAAUUUUCGACCCGUCCAUGUCAUCCUCGUACGUCCCGGUUACUUGCGAAUCCGAUCAGUGCCACCAACUCAAUAACUCGUCUUGCUUUAACAACCAAUGCCAAUACGACAUCGUGUAUGGAGACGGUUCAUUCACAAAAGGGAGUCUCGUCACCGAAACGAUGUCGUUGGGCAACAUCGGUACAGUAAACCAGAUCGCAAUGGGUUGUGGCCACGACAACCAUGGUUCGUUCGUAGCAGCCGCGGGAAUACUCGGUCUCGGAGGUGGGCCCCUCUCAUUUACUUCCCAAAUCAAAGCGACGUCGUUUUCUUAUUGCUUGGUAGAUCUUGACACGGACAAAACGUCUACGCUUGAGUUCAACUCGCCCCUACCCCGCCACUCGGUGACGACUCGGUUGCUGAAGAACCCUAACUCAAACACUUUAUACUACGUGGAAAUCACGGGAAUGAGCGUGGGAGGAAUACCUCUUCCCAUUCCAGAAUCGGUGUUUGAGAUGGAUGCAUCGGGGCGCGGUGGAAUCAUCGUGGACUCUGGCACCGUCAUAACUCGGUUGCUGAAUCCGGCGUAUGAGGCGUUGCGCGACGCGUUCGUGGCGCUGACUAAGCACUUACCACGCGCGAAGGGGUUCACGCCGUUGGAAACGUGCUACGAUUUGCCGUCGCCACCGCGGGUGAUCCCGUCGGUGUCGUUUGAGAUGCGUGGAGGGUCGUGGAGGUUGGCGGAGGAGGCGUGUUUGAUUCGGGUGGACACGAAUGGGACACUCUGCUUCGCUUUUGCGCCGUCAAAUUAUCCGUUAUCUAUCAUUGGGAAUUUUCAGCAACAGGGCUCGCGCGUGAGCUUUGAUCUUGCAAAUUCCGUCGUUGGUUUUUCUCACCCUUAAAGUAGACCCCAAAUCUUGAAGCUGAAGCUGACUACAAAAGGAAAAUGGGCACUUUCUCU